CUUGCAGGUAGAAAUAUGGCAUGGUGGCCUAUUGGGGCAUCGUUAUUUGCCAGCAGCGAAGGCUCCGGACUGUUCAUUGGGCUGGCUGGCACUGGGGCAGCUGGAGGAAUUGCUGUGGCUGGAUUUGAGUGGAAUGCCACCUAUGUGCUUUUAAUGCUGGCUUGGAUAUUUGUGCCUGUCUAUAUAUCAUCUGGAAUAGUGACUAUGCCUGAAUACCUUCAAAAGAGAUUUGGCGGGGAAAGGAUCCGGAUGUAUUUAUCUGCCCUAUCACUUCUGUUGUCUGUAUUCACCAAGAUAUCUACAGAUUUGUAUUCAGGAGCCUUGUUUGUGCAAGUGUGCCUUGGAUGGAAUCUCUACUUGUCGACAAUUCUGAUGCUGGUCGUCACAGCUCUCUACACUAUAGCAGGUGGUCUGGCUGCAGUUAUCUACACAGACACUCUCCAGACAGUCAUCAUGAUUAUUGGAACAGUGAUACUGACCAUUGCAGCUUUUAAUAAGAUUGGAGGGUACCACAACCUGGAAAGUGUAUAUCUAAAGGCAGUUCCAACAAAGAUUAUUCCCAAUACAACGUGCCACCUCCCCAGGGCAGAUGCCAUGCAUCUGUUCAGAGACCCAGUGACUGGAGAUCUCCCAUGGACCGGCAUGAUCUUUGGACUGAGCAUCCUGGCGAUGUGGUAUUGGUGCACAGAUCAGGUAAUUGUGCAACGGUCACUAUCUGCGAAGAACCUGAGCCAUGCAAAGGGUGGCUCAAUACUGGCAAGCUAUCUCAAAAUGCUGCCUAUGAUUUUCAUUAUAAUGCCCGGGAUGAUCAGCCGUGCCCUCUAUCCAGAUUCAGUUGCCUGUGUUGAUCCUGAAGAAUGUAUAAAGGUGUGUGGCACUGAAGUGGGAUGCUCUAACAUUGCUUUCCCAAAACUCGUGAUUGAGCUGAUGCCUGAUGGCCUACGUGGACUUAUGAUUGCAGUGAUCAUGGCUGCUCUCAUGUCAUCUCUGACAUCAAUAUUUAACAGCAGCAGUACACUGUUUACCAUGGACAUCUGGAGAAAGAUUCGGAAGGAUGCCAGUGAACGGGAAUUACUGCUGGUUGGAAGGAUUGUGACAGUGAUACUCGUUGCAGUGAGCUUGGUAUGGAUCCCAAUAUUGCAAAGUGCUAACAGCGGACAACUCUUCAACUAUAUUCAGUCGGUGACCAGCUAUUUAGCUCCUCCCGUAACUGCAGUGUUUGUUCUUGCUGUGUUUUGGAAAAGAACUAAUGAAUCUGGUGCGUUCUGGGGACUGAUGGUUGGACUAGUGGUUGGCCUGGUGCGAAUGGCCAUGGAGUUUGUGUAUCCCUCGCCACGCUGUGGGGUGUAUGACCUAAGGCCUCUUCUGUUGAAGAAGGUUCACUAUCUCCACUUUGCAGUAAUUCUGUGCACCCUCACGGCUCUAAUCGUUGUGGUAAUCAGCCUGCUGACAAAGCCUCCGCAUGAAAGUCAGUUGAAAAAUGUUACAUGGUGGACAAUUUCACAAGAUAGAAGGCAGCCUGACAUCAUCCUUCAAAAGAUAUCUCCAGAACGGCACGCCUGGGACAAUAGAACUGAAGGUGCUGAGGAGAUCAUACAACAGAAAUGGUCAUGGAUUAACCUGUUCUGUAGUACUAAGACAAGCAGAGACAACAUGCCUGUUCAAUGUGACCUCACUGAUAUCCAUGAGAACCCAUUUUGGUCCCGAGUGUGUUGUAUAAAUGCAAUCAUUCUCAUAUGUGUGAACAUUUUCCUUUACGCAUACUUCGCUUGA